GAGCUGCAUAAACUUAUGGUAGUGUCACGGAAGAAAACAUUUAUUAUUCAUUCACAUCAAUCUGGCAACAUUUCAUAGGCGAUAAAAUUGACAGAAAUUUCAAUUAAUGCUGGCUUGCGGAGUCCAGAUAAUUUUCGGAUUGUCAUCACACGGUAAUAAAAAUCGCCCUCUGUGUUGUGAAUUCACCUGAUGUCCUAACCUCGGAAUUCUGCGGUCCUCUCAGCUGUCAAAAUAAUUGAACGCUGGAAUUAAUCCCUACAGAUUGAUUUUGGAAAAAUCCUGAAAAUGUCACAAGCACGAAAUUCCGGCGGCAAUCGGCGAAACCGCCACCACUACCACUCAAACAAGCCCAAGAUAAACGUAGGUGACAAGGGUCGUGAAGUUGUGGAAAACAUCGACGAUAACAGCCCAGUGAUCCAGCAAUUCCGUGGAUACGCUCUACAACUGGACUCUAAGCACGAUCGCUACGAGAGAAUAGUGAAGAUCAGUCGAGACAUCACAAUCGAGAGUAAAAGGAUAAUUUUUCUCCUCCACACAAUCGACAAGGAGUCGAAACGAGAGACUGUUCUCGCUGAGGCGAAGACUCGCAUCGAUGCAUUAACUAAUUCACUGUUCAAGGGAAUUGCAUGUGAAUUGGAUGGACAGGAUCCAUAUCAGUUCAUAAGGGCUUAUCGGGGAGGAGUACAAGAGUUCAUUGAAGCUGUGACUUUCUACUAUUAUCUGUUGGAUAAUUCCCUCCCUCAUUGGGAGAUUUUCGACCAAACCUUUGAAUAUCAAAUAGAAGGGAAGGGGGAACCGACUGGGGAAGACCCAGAAGUUAAAGUCAACACUGUGAGGACAUUACUGCCUCCUUCCGAGUACAUCCUGGGGAUUGCUGAUCUGACUGGGGAAUUGAUGAGGAAGUGCAUUAAUAAUCUGGCAACUGGUGAGAUCUCCAGCUGUUAUCAGACAUGUAAUGUAGUCAGGGAGAUGUACAAGGGGUUCUUGGGGUGCUAUGGAACCGCUGGGAAGGAGGUCAAUAAGAAGGUUUACACGUUGAAGCAGAGUCUAGCCAAAAUUGAGAAUGUUUGCUACAUGAUUAAGGUCAGAGGGUCCGAGAUUCCCAAGCACAUGCUCGCGGAGGUGGCCAUCAGUGCUGGUGAGGAGUAUCCAACUGAAGACGAUGAAGGCUACCAAGGAUUCUAGAGAGCAGAAUGGAUGGCGGAUUACAAUUUUUGGGAUUUUUUCAGUCUGUAAAAACAAAUUCACGCUCAGGUGAAGGAAAUUCAAUUCGACGUUUCCUAAUAAAACAGGGGCAUUUCAAUUUUAUGUUUAAGGGAAGACUACUAUGAGUUUUAAAAGCCGCAGGCUAUUGGAAUGCGAUUUCUCAUACAU